AUGCAGGACAGUCACAAGUCGUUUCUGAUCAAAGACCUACUGGGCGACGUGUUGAGGCCCGGCGCCCCCGGUGCCUUCCUUUGUCUAUUAAAUUAUUUAAAACAACAACAAAAAAACAGUAGAUGUCAGUCUUCCCCCGGCCACAACAUAGAGACCUCCGACCUCGAGGAUGAUAUCUCUGUCGGCGACAACCGCAGCGACACCUCCACGCCCAACAACAAAACUAGAUACGGUUUCGACGCCGAUGCCGAUUGUUACCAGAAAAAAAUCGAUACCGACGAUACAGAACGAUCCUCUCCAGUCGAGUACAAUUUGAAUCGAUUACAAAACUCGAGUUACAAUUCGCCGUUUAAAGAUGAAGAUAACGAAUUCGACAACCGGACGGAGGAGUCGAUGAAGUUGUACGACAACGGACUCUUUCAUUUGUACAGGACGGAAAGGGACGGAAACAAGGAUGAGGCAGGCGAUGGAUUUAUGGGUGGCGGUCUGUCAGAGGGUAUCUAUGGCCGAUCCAUGGACCUGUCAAAGAACUCCUUUCAGUCUCAACUGCUGGCUGGAUUUGCAUCAGUGAUGGCCGGCAACUCGCAGAGGGAGUCGCAGGAGUCUGCUGAUCGUCAGCAAGCUAAGUCCUCGACUUCAUCUGGUGGUCGAAAGCCGCGUCGCCGGCGCACUGCGUUCACGCACGCGCAGCUUGCCUACCUUGAGCGGAAGUUCCGCUGCCAGAAGUACCUGAGCGUGGCGGACCGCGGGGAUGUUGCUGAUGCACUUAGCCUUAGCGAGACUCAAGUCAAGACGUGGUACCAGAAUCGACGAACAAAAUGGAAACGUCAAAACCAGCUCCGUCUUGAGCAGCUGCGGGCGCAGGCGGCGAGCGGCGAGCGGGAGCUACCGCACGCGCUGCCCCUGGCCUGUGCACUGCUGCCGCCUUACCCGCCUUACAUGCACUGCCACCUCUAA